AUGGACGUGAGCCGCGGGCUGGAGCCUCUGCCUGUAUCUGUGUGGCCGCGGCUGGAGGAACUCCCGGUGUUCCAGUAUAGUCCUGAUCAUGUGCCUGGAGAGGGAGGCAAACCAGACCCAUCUGAGAUCUCCUUCUCUGGAUGCAGCUGUCAUUCUGCUUCCUGUCUGGCCCCAACAUGUUCAUGUCUUCACUAUGGAGAAAAUUAUGAAAACUUAUCCAUUAAGACUGAAAGAAGUGAAUUGGGUUUUUCAAAGCCUAUUUUUGAAUGCAACACUAUGUGCCACUGUGGAGAGAUGUGUCAAAAUAGAGUAGUUCAACGAGGCUUACAAUUGCAACUUGAAGUAUUCAAGACCACUGAGAAAGGAUGGGGUCUUCGCACUCUGGAAUUCAUCCCCAAAGGACGAUUUGUGUGUGAAUAUGCUGGGGAAAUUCUAAACAUUAAUGAAGCACGUAGAAGGAUUCAGCUGCAGACAUCAAGUGAUUCAAAUUAUAUUAUAGCAAUUAGGGAACACUUGUAUAAUGGAAGGAUAAUGGAGACUUUUGUGGACCCCACAUAUAUUGGUAAUGUUGGUAGAUUCCUGAACCACUCCUGUGAACCCAACCUCUUUAUGGUGCCUGUCCGAAUAGAUUCAAUGGUGCCUAAGUUAGCACUUUUUGCUGACCUUGAUAUCUGUGCAUAUGAAGAGCUUACGUAUGAUUAUUCUGGAAGAUACCAUAAUUGUUUGCCCAUAGAAGAGCAAAGCAACAAGCAAGAAGGGAAAGAAUCAAAGAAGCCCUGCUUUUGUAGAGCUAAAUCAUGUACAAGUUUCUUGCCUUACGAUAGUUCUUUAUUCUACAACAAUGACAGAGAAAGUAAUGCUGAAGAAACAUUCUGAAAAUGAAGAGAGUAGCAGAGUGCUUCUUUUAAAGAUUGCCACAGGAAAGCCUGGAGGUGAUAAAAUCAGCCCUCUACACACAAAUACAUGAUGCAGAUGUGCGUGUUAAAGUGGCUGCAUGUGUUUAAUUGUGCACAGAUGGAAUGUCUUUCCAUCCAGAACAUCAGUUGUAACAUGAAAUAUAUUAAUAUCAGAGUGUAAAUAUUGUAUUAAACAAAUUGGAAUCUUGCCCUGAAAGAAAGAAGUUUUAAUGGAAUAUCGAAAGAUAUUACAAUGGGACAAGGGUGAGCGACCUUUUUCCUUCCAAGCUACAUUCAUUGCUGUCAUGUUCCCCGUUGCAAUAUGCAUGGUACAUCGUAACGUUUCGCAUGUCAACUUGCUGAUGUGUGUUUCGGUUGGGAGGGGAGGAGGAUUCUUCUCCUGGGUUAUCUGUAUUCAGCUGUAUGGAAUGUGUUUGGGUUAUUUCGUGUGUUCAAGGUUUUCU